UUCACACAAGAAGCAGAAGUAGCAACUUGUUUUUGGUGAAAACCCUGAUUGUAUCGAUUCUAAUACUGAAACAGACAUUUUCGUGUUAAAGGACCGAGUCAGAGUAAAAGUUUCCCUUCAGCUCUCACCGUCUGCUGUGAUUUCUGUAUCGUCCUGUAAGUCCUGGUCCACCCACGGUCUAAACUCCGCUUUUGGCGUCCCUUCAGCUUUUCCCGGGUAAGUCGAGGUAGUCUCCCGUGAUUUCACCAGCAUGAAGCCUAUCACCAGGCACAGGACCACCGCCAGAACAGGCGUGAGGACGGACAGGAGAGCCAUGACUGGCGGAGUGGAGAGAAGAGGACACGGGCACCUGCGCGCUUGUGUGGCUCAGCUGAGUGCAGAUCUGAUGUUAUGAAACACUUGAACCGUUAUCUGAGGGCUGGGUCUGUAGCCACUAUGCGGAGUCAGCCUUUUUUUAAGUGAGAAAUGUCCCUUGAGCUUUUGUGAAUUUGGUGUGUUCUGUAGCGCAGGUCUGAUGGGGGUGCAAGCUCGACUGAUGCAUAAAAGAAACCCAGUGAUCACUAAAAUGUGGUAGUAUUGUCCUCCUCCCCGUCCUUGAGUCCUUACAUGAAGUCUAAAGUUAACACUGAAUUAGUUCAUUAAACAUUUCUCUGCAGUUGUGCAGCACUUGGCCUACACUGUAAAAAGUCCUUCAAUGGCCCUGUCCAUACGACUUCAUUUUAAAAUGUAAAUUUCUUUCAACAAUUUUAUUUUCUUUUCCUUUCUAUUUAAGUUACAGAAAAUUAAAGUGUAAAUUUUCCAGUAACUUGCCAUUUGUUGCCAUUUUGUUGUACUUCCUAAUUGAUUUCACAAAACUCAGUUUAAGGACCUAUGUCACAACUAAAUUGUCAGGACACGCCUACAUUUCAGUUAGUAACCAUAGCAACAGCUGAACUCCCACACGCGGCUGUAACGGCUGGGCUGUAACGGAGGUGACCAAACUGCAGUGCUGACCUGACCAGCUUUUUCAGCAGAGCUGAGGACAAACACUAAACAUAUGAGACCACCAGAUCUCCUCCAAGGAGCAUAUCAGCUACCCCACAAAGCACUUUGUGUCAUUCAGAGACACAUUAGGCCCUCACAUCCCGCAAUGUCGGCCGCCAGCACCGAGACUAGUGCCCCACUGCCCACUGCCGGCAGCCGCGUCUUCUUCCAACCUGCGACCGCGGUGGGCUGCGUGGGCUCCGGCCCCAUCACCGGGGAGGACCCGGUCCAGAAGAAACAGGGCAAAGUGACGGUCAAGUACGACAGGAAAGAGCUGCGGAAAAGACUCGUCCUGGAGGAAUGGAUCAUUGAGCAGCUCAGCGAGUUGUACGACUGUGAGGAGGAAGAGAUGCCGGAGGUAGAGAUAGACAUAGAUGACCUGUUGGAGGUCAACAGUGAUGACGAGAGAGCCAGCAAACUGCAGGAAUCAUUAACAGACUGCUACAAACCAACAGAGGACUUUGUCCGUGAGUUGCUGGGCAGGAUAAGGGGAAUGAGAAAACUCAGCGCGCCAACUAAGAAGGGCCUAUAAUGGCUGUAAUGUCAACCAUCAACCACUACGUCAUCUCAGCUCCACGUACUUAACCCACUCAACAUGGACUGUCAUCACAAAAAAAUAAUGUAUCUAAACAUAACAGCAUUAGUAACUAUUCUGCAACCUGCAAACAUGCACCACAAACUCCAUGCAUAUAGCACUAGUCAUUCAUUUCACUAUCACAUAGAAUAACAAGUGUAUUAUAAUAUCUGACUGUUGAGAGGUACUUAAGGAAGAGCCAACACGGUUCAAUAGCAUACAGCCACAAUAAAAUGUCCAGCCCUGGAACGUGCCAGAACUGCAACUGUGCUUUAACAUGAAUACCACCUAAUUCCACAUUUCAGAGCCAUGUUACAAGCCCAUGCUGUAAUUCCAACAGCCAUACUGACUAAAACACAAACAAAUCUCAAAAAGGGAGGUGGUAAAAACACGUUUGUACCGCAGUAGGUGUGAAAUUAGCUGUAGCACUAUAUAAACACAGUGCUUCAUGAUUUUGUCAUUUUUUUACUGAGGUGUUUUGCUGUUAAUUCUUUUUAAAAAUGUACUGUAUGUUGCCAUUUAUUGUUCAUGUGAUUGAAAUGUGGUCUUCAACAGUUUUCGUCCUACUUUAAAGUCGACCUCCUUAUCCUUACUCCGUCAGCACCUGCAAAUAUAAGGGAGCUCUGUAGUUUUAUUUUAAGCACAAGGCGCUAAUACAUCAAUUCUAUGCUUUUGUGAGAUUGAAACUCUAGGAAGAUUGAAGGAACAUUUUAGGAAACAAGGCUAAAAUAGUGUGACGAUUUUUGCUUUUUUACCCACUGUUCUAGUACACUUUUCACCACAGCAAAGGCAUGAUGGGUGUUGCAGUUCUCCGUAUGAGACUGUAAAACCUGUAUGAUUGGCAGCCUUUCACUUAUCAUGUUAUGUGGUUUUGUUCAUUGCUCUCCCUCAUCAGAAUACAUAUCAGUUGGUCUUUUAGGUUGAAGCACAAAGCCCAAACAUUGUAGUUGUUUCUCACACUCUGGUUCACGUAACUCUGCUAACUUGCCUCUCUAAUAGUGGUUGAUGUUGCCUUUAAGAAUUUUCAGGACCAGUUCACCUUUUUCCUCAGCAAUGAACCUUAACUACUGACAACCUAAAGGCAAAAACGGUCGAGAAAGAGAACCUGAGGGCAACUUGAAACUUUGACACUUAAACCUGUCAGGUCCUGUAAGGGAAGGUGUGCCAAAACUGAGAGUAUUACAUCAUAAAUGUCAUAUGUCAUAGAGGCAGUUAGUGCGACACAGCAUGUCCACAGAGAUUGUUUAAGUUUGUGUAACGUCUUUGGUUGGGCGCAGAACUUCAAGAUAUUGUUAAGAUGACUUUUCCAGGUUGCAGAAAAUAUGUUGUAAUUGCAAAACUCUGGGUUUAAGAGGUGGAUUUAGUUAUUUAUUGUUGUUAAUGAUCUUCUGCGCACCACCACACUCAAAAACCUGUAAGCUCUGGUACAAUCAUGACUCUUGUUAUGGGGUUGGGCCCAGUUUCACUUCCGAGCAGUCAAUCGUGAACCAACCGGAAUGGAGCAGACCUGAACCUGCCAAGUGAUGUAUACCCUCAGCUGCCAAAGACAAAAGCAGGGCAAUGUUUGAUUUUAACAUAAAACUUGCAAAGCACCCGUCUUGCAUGCUAACAGCAGAGAAAAAACACUGAUAAAGAGUAUAGAUAUUAUGAACUUAUAAGCAAAAAAUACUUUUUUGACAUAGCUGCCAUGUCUGACUUUGUAGAACUUUUUGUGUUGAACCAACGCGGCUGUCACGUUGGAGAGAAUCCAGGAAAAUUUUAAAAAAUGGUGCUGUUUUUGAUGUUCUUCCCAGGUUUUGGUUGUAUAGGGCGCAUUUUAACUGUUGAUUGAUGCCAGAGAAAUGUGCCUGCAAGAAAUGUAUGUCUUCAUUGCUGGGGUGCAUACAGUCUAAAGUGGCAUCCUCUUUGCAUUUCUUUUUCUCAAUCUGAACUGGGAUGGAUGGGUGUCACCACACUCAGCUAGCAACGGUCUAUUUGUUUGAAAAAGAUCACGCGUUUUCCGGAUCAGUAAAUUGGAAGGAAAAGUUGAAAAGGAAGCCAUUACAGACAACAGAGAUGCAUCCAGGAUUCAUGCCGAGGUACUCCAUAGGAUUUUCUCUGUCAAGAAACAGUUCAGGGGCAAUAGGCUGAUAUUUUAUAAUUUAUGGGAUUUCAUGUGGAGAGUAUUUUGAAAGUGUCCAUACUAGAAAGCUUUAUGUUUGCAUGUGUUUUUAGAGUUGCAUGUUGAGGGGAACAUUUUGUUGGCCCAAAGGUUUUUAUUUCACAAAGUAAGACACUUUUCCUUUUUAUACCUUUUAUUAUUAUUAAGACUAAAAUAUUCAGUUUUUCAGCUGCAGUUUUGUUUUUCUGUACAUCCACAAUAAGCGUUCUUGUUUUUAAAAUGUAAUGUGGCGUGUGGUUUGUUUUUGCUGAUAAUAAAAAUGCAGAAGGACUCUGUACUAUUUAAACAGA